GUCUCAUCGUCUCGUCAGCGCUUCGACUCUUUUCCUGUGUCUUGAGACCUGCCAUUGACACAUUUCGCCCAACUCACCUUCUUUUGCAUUUUGGAGCAUCAAUACCCUUAUCGUGAUCCCUCCUGGCCCAGCAAAGCUUCAAUGCGAUAAGCGCCAUACUAUGCUCUCCAUGCAGCGAGCUUUUGCCGGCUCAGCUCGUGCACCGCUGCUGCGAUCACAGUUACAGCAAACGACACGAAGGAAGGCCAAUGCCUCGAUCCCUCCAGCAUUAAAGCAGCAGAGACGACCGUUAUCCUCUCGAAACGCACAACCACUUCCACGCGCAGUUCGACGCGCCCUGAACCAGCAUGCCACGCGACAAGGGCAGCUACGAUGGGCCUCGACCACUGAACAAGCCGUUCCACCUGCGGUGAAGCAGCGCGGGCGCCUUGUACGCUGGACGUACAAGGCACUCGCGUCAAUUGGCUUCUUCAUAAUCAUGAGUGGAGGUUGCGUAGCAGCCUUCUUCAUUUAUGAUGCCACCACAUAUGUUGGAGAGGGCGCGCCGACUGAGCUGUCAGUCUCGGAGCUAGCAUUGAAUCCACGAAGAGGCGGGCCAAAGAAUUUGCCAAUCGCGGAGUACUUUGUGGAUGAUGAGGAGAAUGAAAAGAUGAAAGAGCAGAAACACAAGCCUAAAUUGGUCAUUCUCGGAACAGGCUGGGGGAGCGUGGCUCUCUUGAAGCAGCUGAAUCCAGGUGACUAUCAUGUCACAGUAGUCUCGCCUUCAAAUCACUUCCUGUUCACGCCCAUGCUGCCCUCAGCCACUGUUGGUACCUUGGAGCUCAGAAGUUUGGUUGAGCCCGUACGCAAGAUUGUCAAGCGCGUCAUGGGACACUUCUUGAAAGCUUCUGCUGUGGACGUGGACUUCAGUAAUAAACUCCUCGAACUGGAAGCAGAUGGGCCAAAUGGAAAGGAGCGCUUCUACCUGCCCUAUGAUAAACUGGUACUUGGAGUGGGCUCAGUGACGAAUCCCCACGGCGUGAAGGGUCUCGAGCACUGUCACUUUCUCAAGGAUAUCAGCGAUGCUCGCAAGGUCCGAAACUCAGUCAUUGGCAAUCUGGAGGCCGCCUCUCUGCCGUCCACUACAGAUGAAGAACGACGUAGAUUACUCUCUUUUGUCGUGUCUGGAGGUGGCCCAACUGGAGUUGAGUUUGCUGCGGAGCUCUAUGAUAUGCUCAAUGAAGAUCUCUGCAAGUUCUACCCACGACUACUGCGAAAUGAAAUCUCGGUGCAUGUGAUCCAAUCUCGAGGCCACAUUCUCAAUACCUACGACGAAGCGCUGAGCAAAUAUGCCGAAGAACGACUAGCACACGAUAACGUCGAUGUCCAAACCAACGCGCGUGUCAAAGAAGUGCAGAAGGACAAAAUUCUGUUCACCCAGAAGGAUGCCGAGGGCAAAGUGGUGACCAAGGAAUUGCCAAUGGGUUUCUGUCUCUGGUCGACUGGUGUCUCACAGACGCAACUGGCACAAGAUAUUGCCAAGAAGUUCGACAACCAAAACAAUCGCCACGCGCUGGAAACCGAUACGCAUCUUCGACUACUCGGUGCACCACUUGGUGACGUCUACGCCAUUGGUGACUGCAGUACAGUACAAAACAACGUUUCAGACCACAUUGUCACUUUCCUACGCACGCUUGCGUGGGAGAAGGGCAAGGAUCCAGAGACAAUGAAGAUCACGUAUCCACAGUGGUGUGAGGUUGCUAAACGAGUUAAGGCGCGCUUCCCGCAGGCAAACGAUCAUCUCAAACGGCUGGGGAAGCUCUUCGAGCAAUACGACAAGGACAAGUCUGGCACACUCGAUUUCGGCGAGCUUAGUGAACUUCUGAAGCAAAUCGACAGCAAAUUGACCUCGCUGCCCGCUACUGCACAGCGCGCCAACCAGCAAGGACAGUAUCUCGGACGCAAACUGAACAAAAUGGCACAGGGUGCAGAAGGCAUGUGGCUCAAUGGUGUUGUCGACGGCGAUCUUGACGAUGCUGUAUACAAGCCGUUUGAAUACAAGCACAUGGGCAGUCUUGCGUAUAUCGGAAAUGCUGCUAUCUUCGACUUCAACGGAUUGAGCUUCGGCGGUGGUCUACUUGCUGCAUAUCUGUGGCGUAGCAUCUACUUCGCACAAAGCGUGAGUCUGAGGACGCGAAUGCUGCUUGCCAUGGACUGGAGUAAACGAGCACUUUUUGGAAGAGAUAUGAUGAACUACUGAGCGACACAGCAGCCGAAAAUAGUGAUCACGAGCGAAAUGUACAGUUGAAUAGAUGUCUUACAAAGCGCCGGCGUCCCGGGGUUUCAAUUGUACCAUGCGAAUUUAUCAGAGCUCAGCUUCAGAAAGUCUAAUGGUGUUGGCACAAGAUUGAUUCGAUGCGAAUGCGAGGACCCGCCAAGGAUUACCAAUACCAUUCACGAGCCUUAACAUUCUGUUGCCUGAACAGGAUUCGUUUUGGUUUGUCAACCCGACCCUUCACUUAACGCCACAUUAUCUCUUCUUCACGAAAGUCGUUGCUGCUCACGAGCAGGACUUACGGCCGAGUGGACAUGUUCUCGAUGCCUAGGGGCCAUGGAAUCCUGUAGCGUCAGGGCUUCUAUGACUUGGCUUAGGCAGCGGACUUGGUGCAGAACGUGUGCGGUCCCUUGAGCUUCGGAGACGGAAAUUUUGGUAUCGAAGCGACCAUCUUGGCAUAGUCGGGGAUGUCUACUGAUGUAUGAGCAUGAACUGGGAUUACUGAUCCUCAGCAUUCAUGCUUGAUCAGCUGGACGUCCUGUAACGUGGUCUGAAGUGCAAGGCGAAGACAUUAUAUAUAAAGACAUGAAGCAGGCUUUUGGAUAGAGUCAGCACUCAAAAGCUUCAAACACACGCAGGAAUCACGCAUAUCAUUAUUGACACGC